GCGUCCUGGGAGCGCCAGACGGAAGCGCUGCUGGGACUGACACGUGGACUCGGGCGGUGCUGCCCGCGUGGGUCGGCCCGCUUGGAGCCGGGGUCCUGACACUGCGCCCGCGGCCGUCUGCGCCCGAUGCAGCAGCCCACGAACGAGGGUCGCCGGGAUGCGGCCCAGGACGCCCAGUGGUCCAGGCCCGAGUGCCAGGCGUGGACGGGGACGCUGCUGCUGGGCACAGGUCUGCUGUACUGCGCGCGUGCCAGCAUGCCCGUCUGCACCGCCUCCAUGAGCCAGGACUUUGGCUGGAACAAGAAGGAGGCCGGCAUCGUGCUCAGCAGCUUCUUCUGGGGCUACUGCCUGACUCAGGUUGUGGGCGGACACCUGGGGGACCGGAUUGGGGGCGAGAAGGUCAUCCUGCUGUCAGCCUCCGCCUGGGGUCUUAUCACUGCCGCCACCCCUCUGCUCGCCCGCCUUGGCAGUGCCCACCUGGUGGUCAUGACCUCCUCUCGCGUCCUCACGGGCUUGCUCCAAGGGGUUUACUUCCCUGCUCUGACCAGCCUGCUGUCACAGAAGGUGCGGACGAGCGAGCGAGCCUUUGUCUACAGCACCGUGGGGGCCGGCUCCCAGUUUGGGACACUGUUGACAGGGGCCGCGGGCUCCCUGCUCCUGGACUGGUAUGGCUGGCCAAGUGUCUUCUACUUCUCUGGCGGGCUCACCCUGCUGUGGGCAUGUUACGUGUACAGAUCUCAUCCUGGCCUUGGGCGUUUUGGUGCAAGGCCUGCCGGUGUCCAGACACACCAAAGUUCCCUGGAGACAGCUUUUCCAGAAGGCUUCUGUCUGCCUGUGCCCCCCACCCUGGAGUCUGGGCAGGGGCCCAGGUGCAGGAUACUGAGCCCAGCCACGGCCCGCAGGGCAGCCAUAGCCUCCCAGCUGUCCUCAGCCUGCUCCUUCUUCAUCCUCCUGUCUUGGCUGCCCACCUUCUUUAAGGAGACUUUCCCCAGCUCCAAGGGCUGGGUCUUCAACGUGGUGCCCUGGCUGGUGGCCAUUCCCGCCAGCAUGUUCAGCGGGUUUCUCUCCGAUUGGCUCAUCAAUCAGGGUUAUAGGACCAUCACCGUGCGGAAGUUCAUGCAGGUCAUGGGCCUUGGCCUGUCCAGCAUUUUUGCCCUGUGUUUGGGUCACACUUCAAGCUUUUGUAAGUCUGUGGUCUUUGCAUCAGCCUCCAUCGGCCUCCAGACCUUCAACCACAGUGGCAUUUCUGUCAACAUCCAGGACCUGGCCCCCUCCUGCGCUGGUUUUCUGUUUGGCGUGGCCAACACAGCCGGGGCCUUGGCAGGUGUCGUGGGUGUGUGCCUGGGUGGCUACCUCACUGAGACCGCAGGCUCCUGGACGCCCGUGUUCAACCUGGUGGCUGUCGUCAGCAGCCUGGGGCUGGGUGCCUUCCUGGUGUUCGGAGAAGCCCAGCGGGUGGACCUGAGCCCCGCCCGCCAGGACCUCUAGCUACCCAGCCACCCCUGGACACCUGAGUGUCCUCCAGGACCCAAGAGUUCCCUGGGGAUCUGACCGUCCCCCAGGGACUCGGCCAUCCCCCGGGUGCCAUCAGCCUCGGGGCCCCGGGUCAGUUUAAGAGCCUCCCACCCCUGACUGGGGUGUGUGAGUGCGGAGCUGGGCAACCUGGCUGGGCCUCAGCUUCCCCUGCUGGGUGAGCAGGGUUGGUACUUUCAGUAGCAGCAGCUUCAUCACCGACACAGUCGGCCCGUCGCCCCCCUGCAGGAGGGCCUGCCUGUCACUGCAGGGCCGUUCACUGCAGGGCCGGUUGCUGGAUUUGAGUCUGACCCCCAAAACCUGCUUCGCUUUGUUUCUCUGUGCUUGAGGCUCGAUUGUGACCUUCAGUGGGGCUGUCUGUGCACCAGAUGAAGGCCGUUGGGGGGCCGUGUGCUUCUGCUACUCUAGGCAGCCAGGCUGAGACCCCAGUCAAGGGGUGGGUAGCAGGCUGGAUGCCCAUGCCCACUUCUGGGGACCCCUGCCCCCAGUACCCCCAGCCUGUGUGGGAUUGCCCAGCCCUAGCCAUGCAUUCUGUGUCCUGGCACCUGGUGACCCACCUGUGAGGGGAGCCUGGGCACCCCCUCCUGCCCAAGAAGCUUCCUGGAACCAGGCCAGCUGUGCCGUCUCUCACCCUCCCCUUUAUGACGGAGAAACAGGUCGCCUCAUGAAGUAAUAGUAGAUUUUGCGAGAUGUCGAUGUAGAGAAAAGACACUAAACACGCAGAAAAUCACACCAAAAAUGUAUUUCAUAGAUGACUAUUAAACUAUUUAAAAGGAA